CUCAAGCAUUCUCUGCGCGUCACUGUCCCUGGCACUUUCUUCUGAAUUUCCUUGAAAAUUUUAUUAUUCUGCGGUCCUCACGUGACAAGCAGGUAGGAGGCGGCAGGUUUUGUAAGUUUGUUUGUCUGCCAGCAAAUUGCUCAUCUUGGCCUGGUGGCGUGGUCGAUUAGAGCACGCACCAAUGAGCGACCUCCUGCCUCAUACUUGAGUAACUGCUUGCAAGUAGGGCGACUUCUUUUCCCUCCUUACGAAGAUGGAGCAGCAGAAUCCUGGGAGGUUUACUGAAGCGGCAUCAUUUUCGGGGAGGGAUAUGGGGGCCGCUUCGGGUCUGAGGACGGCUGGGGUGGGUUGGAGCAAAGUGCGACUCUCCAGUGACCAUGUUUCGUGGGACCGCCGCCAGCCAGGGGACGAAAGUCUGCUCAGUUUCGCCCUGGAGGUGGUUCCAGCUUGGACUAAGCUUGUGGACCAGAAAUUAGGGUUGCGAAGACAUCAGCAGCCAUCGCCAGCAGAUUGCGCUGGCAGUAUAAGUAGAGUGCCGCGUAGGAGACGGGGACGAGGUGUUAGCUUAGUGGUAGACAGUAACUCCGCUUUUGACCUCGCUUCGCCACUGCUUCAGGAGGCUGAGAUGAGCUGGGAAAAGGAAGAGGCAAUUGAGGUAGCGGAACUGACACAGUCGUCAAAGUUAGAUUCUGAGAAUAGGGAAGCAAGCUCUACUGCGAUUGUAGACGAGGAUGUAACUGAUAGAGAAGGUCUGGGGGCCCAAAUUUUGAAACGAGGAGCGCGUUGGCGGGAUGUACUGUCAAGGAACAGUGUCCAGCUGCUCAGGCAGCUUCCAAGGUUGAGUCCUGAGGCGGCCAACACGUUUAAGCACUUGUUCUCGGGGGCGGUAGCAGCAGCGGUUGCUAGGACCUCAGUUGCCCCCCUCGAGCGCGUCAAGGUCGAGUACAUCAUCCACGACGUGCAGACGAGCGUGCCCGAGACCGUCUCCCGCAUUCUCCAACACGAGGGCGCGGGGGGCUUCUGGAAGGGGAACGCUGUCAACAUCCUCAGAACGGCCCCAUUCAAGGCCGCCAAUUUCUACGCGUUUGAUUUGUAUCGGAAGGCGUUUCUGAAAAGAAGGGGCCAGCGGGACCUGACGAACUGGGAGAGGAUCAUGGCGGGAGCGGCCGCGGGGGCGACCGCCACUGUCGUGUGCUUCCCGCUCGACACCGUACGUACCCGCUUGAUUGCGCGCCCCGACCAAUUUCGGGGCGUGAUUGACUGCUUCUACCAAGUUAUCACGAAAGAGGGGCCGAUCUCGCUUUACCGGGGGCUACUCCCGGGCAUAGUAUCGAUGGCGCCUGCGGGGGCCGUCUUUUACGGGGUCUACGAUCUGCUGAAAGCACAGCACCUGAGGUCGGUGAAAAGCCGCGACAAUUUUGACACUGCUAGUGGGGCGAGCGCCCCAGAACCGAGCAAACAAACACCUUCGACUUUUGGCACGCAUCACACCGAGUUGGGGACCUUCCGAACGCUGCUCUACGGGGGCAUAUCCGGUAUCUGCGCGGAAGCGACAACGUAUCCGUUGGAAGUGUUGCGGCGGCAACUUCAGUUACAAGGCGCAAGAGGGAUAAAGCUAGGCCUGCGAGAAACAGUAGCGCAGAUUCUGCGCCAAGGCGGGCCGGGUGCGUUUUACGCAGGCCUCCUACCAAGUUCGAUGCAGGUCAUCCCGAGUGCCGCUCUAAGCUACUAUGUGUACGAGGUUUGUAAAAACGUCAUGAUGGUGACGUGAGACACGGCUGAGCUCGGCUUACCAACGGAUUGGUCCCUUUUACCGCUUGGCCUUCU